AUGAAAACUGCGCUUUUUCUACGACAAGCGAGCACUUUAAUAAAGAUCUCAUCUCGAAUAUUAUCUAGUACUUCAAUUAAUGAUAAAAUUCAAUUAGUUGAAAUUCGUCCUCAUGAACUCGUAUUUCGUAUGCCUCAUAUUCAUCGUUUACAUCCACCAUUUUCUACUACAGAUAAAUCAUUAUCUGAUCUUAUUCGAUUACCUGUUGCAUGGCUACGUUUAAAUUGUCAAUCAUUGACAUCCUUUCAGCCUUCAAGUGGACAACGUCUACAAUCACCGGCAGAUUUACCUUUUCAAUUAAGUAUUGCACAAGCUUAUAUUGAUGAAAAAGAAGUAUUAAAAAUUAGAUGGAAUACUGAGCAAAUAAAUAAUAUUUCAUCAACGCUAACAAAUGAUGAGUUAACUCAAUAUCCUGAACUACUUAACCCUGUUUACUCAGGUAAGAAUAUCUCAGAACCUCUAAAACAAAUUUCUGAUGUUCAACAAACUGAUGAAUCCAGCAUUCCAUUAGAGUAUAUACUGAACUACAAUCCUUUCAAUCGCUCGUCAAAUGAAAAUCUUGAUCUAAAAAUCUCGGAUAAUACCUCAUUAAAACCUCAAGUGAUCAACUAUAAUGAAAAGUUUAGUGAUCAUCGUGAUUUAAUAUUAGAUUCACUAUUUGAACAGGGUAUUGUAAUUAUUAAAAAUGUCCCGUGUAAACCAUACUAUGUCAAAACAAUAGCCGAACUUAUUUCAUUUGUUCAACAAACAAUAUAUGGGGAUAUAUUUGUUGUUAAGACAACAAAUGAUCCAAUUAAUAUCGCAUACUCCAACGAAAAAUUAUAUUUACAUCAGGAUCUAUGCUAUUAUGAAUCACCACCAGGUUUGCAAUUGUUACAUUGUCUUAGAAAUGAUCCGAGUAUAAUGGGUGGUGAACAAAUUUACUUAGAUGUUAUGUUAGCAUGUGAAGAUUUUCGUACGUAUUAUCCAGUAGAUUUUCAAUUAUUAUGUGACAUACCCAUUACAUUUCAAAAAGUUCAUUAUAAACGUGAGCGACCCGUUCAUUUGCAUUAUAGUCGCCCAAUAAUAAAAAUCAAUUUACAGGAAAAAAUUGUUGCCGUUUAUUGGUCGCCAAUGUUUGAAGCACCCAUACAAGGAAUAAAUGAUGUGAAUCAACUAAGACGAUUUUAUCAAGCUUACGUUCGAUUAUCAAGAUUUUUAGAAACACAUCCAUCACGCUAUAAACAUACAUUGGAAAGUGGUGAUUGUAUUAUAUUCAAUAAUCGUAGAAUGGUGCAUGGAAGGGAAAAAUUUCAAUUAAAACGUAAUGAAAAUGUAGGUGAACGAUAUUUAGAAGGAUGUUAUGUGAAUAUUGAUGAAUUUAAAAAUGAAUGUAUGAUGAGUAGAAUGAGACGAGGAAUUAAUACGCCGGCUAUGCGUGUGGGAAACGGUGAUUUAUUAUGA